AUGUUCAAGUCUGUUUGCUUCCCUCUGUUGCUGCUCUUGACCGGCACGGCUGCUCGACAGCUUCGUCGAAACUUUGAGCAACGCGUUGUACCUCGUCAGUUGCAGCAGCCAUUUCCCCGCUCCACGACUGCUUUGCAAGAGGGCGUCGUCACCACUGUGUUGAACGGCAACUCGUUUGAUGAAUCCACCUUUGUACUGGCCAACGUCCCUGCCGGACAACGCGUUACCUGUAAAAUGACGGGAGACGGCAAUGUCAAUAUGGCGGGUCGAUACGGUGCCGAGCCGACCAAUCUGAAUUACGAUUGCAUUGGGUACAUUGCCGGAACAUCGGAAGAAGGCUGUGGCUUUUAUGCAGCCAAGGAAGAAACGUCCGUCUUUAUCACAACCUACGCAUUUUCCAAUUUUGAACGGAUUGAUUUGACGUGCUCUUACGUGGACGUUGUGGAAUUGGAAAAUGGUAAUGGCUUGACGGGCCAAGCUAGUCCGACACCGGGAUUUACUACUUUUUACAAACUUGACACACCAGUCAAAGUAGGAGAAAACGUGUCGUGUUCCCUCCUAGGUGGCAAUGGCAAUGCGAAUCUGUAUCUCAAAUACGGUAGUGACCCCGAAAUUUUUCGACGCGCCGGAGACGGAUUUGACUGCGAAUCGAGGGCUGCGGGAAGCAACGAAGAAUGCACAUUGGAUGGACCCACCGAAAAUGAUGCCGAUUUGCACGUGGCGAUUGAUACCAUGGCAGCUUACGACAAUUUGACCGUUACCUGUGCGUCUCCCAUUGGAUACGCCAGUGCUGGACGUGGUGAAGAUGGCUGCUUUAGUGCCGAUACAACUGUGACCGUCAAGGGCAAGGGAACCGUUCCAAUGACCGACUUGCAAGUGGGCGAUCUAGUCAUGACGACGACAACCAACUCGUAUGAACCUAUCUAUGCCUUUGGACACUUUCACAAGACACUGCCCAUGGAAUAUCUGCAGAUUCGACUGGAGGGCGUCUCGAAUCAGAAGCCACUCGAAGUCACUGGCAAUCACUUGCUCUUUGUACAAGGUCGAACGGAUCCGGUCGCAGCUGAUUCCAUCCAGGUGGGGGAUGUUUUAUCAAAGGGACAACAACAAGAACACGUCGUCACGAGUAUCACCACAGUCACCAAGGCAGGCGCCUACUUGCCACUGACGCCGAGUGGAACCAUUCUCGUCAAUGACGGCACAGUGGUAGCAUCCACCUACGUUUCCAUUGCCAAGGAUGCCCCCGUCAUUGUUCAAGCAUUUCUGAAGAUUCUUUCGGAGCAGAGCCUCUUUCAUGCCUGGAUGGCACCGACACGAAUGCUCUGUCAAUACGUGUCCAACUCGUAUUGUCAAAGCACGAGUCCCACGACCAUCAACGCCGAUGAUGGUAUCUUGACAUGGCUGCAUGCCGGAUUGGCAUUGGCAAAGUUUGGGGAACAACAAGUGCCAAACGUUCAAGCAGUGGGCAUGCUAUUGGCCUUGACACUGCUCGCAGUCUUUGUGUCGCUGGAAGCUAUGAUUGGGCUGACGUUAGGCACGUGGUAUGGACUUUUAUUAUCAGUAGUGUGCAUUUCUGGUUUGGCAUCAUCUGCCAAAGCAUCCUACAAGAAUCCCAGUCGGCAAAAGCGGACAGUCACACCAAAGAAGCUGGAUUGA